AUGUCGACACGGAAUGAGAAGGUCGCAUUGGCGCAGUUCAAGACCUUCGACGUCGAUACCGGAAAGGCCUUCUGUCUCUCCUUACCUGUUUCCGUCGUGCCGUCUCGUGCGAUCGCCAGUAGGGUGGAGGUCAUGGCGCCCGCGGAGAUCUCGCUGACCAUUUCUAUGUUCACAACAACUGCGUUCGACACUUCGACCUUAGGGUCGAAGCUGAUAAAGAGUCCUACGCUCAACCGCGAUAGUCCCACUGCUGCGGCGCCGAUUCGUCUAACAAGUCCGCCAAAUAUCUCCUCCGGUUGUUGGUAG